AUGAUUGUCACGGAGGGACACGUUGGGGUGGAGACGGCAUGGCAGCCGUCGAGGCCGGGCGGGACCGGCAAGCGAGACCCCCCUCCGAGCGACACGCUCAGCAACAUCCUCGCGACGGGCGGUGUGGCGGGCCGGCGGGAUCGGCUAGGGGACUUGUUUUUUCUCGGGGGUUGCGAGCUGCCCAGGCCCGAGGCGUUUGGGGUGUCGAGGCUGGAUGGGGGGGGAGCAAGCGGUUGGUGGGCGAGGGGGGCUGGGGACGGACAAGAACUUGAAGCGUGGGCGGCCUGGCAGUCUGGCCAGGGUUGGAAACAGGCAUGCAAUGUUGACAACGGCUAG